AUGAAUAAAGAAUCAAAUCUAAAUGAUAAAGAAAUUACUGAAUCCACCGAGGUAAUGGAUGAUACUUUUGCUUCUACAUUAAGUGCCAGUACUCUCACGAGAAUUUUACGAGAAAUAGAGUAUAAAGAGAUACCAGAAUACAUUCUACUUAGAGCGGCAGAACGGGGCAAGAAUUUCCAUGAUAUUAUCCAAAAAUUCAUGCAAGAUGGUAAUCAUCCUCCCUUUGUUGAUUUGGUAGAAAUUAGCAAAUUAAGUAGUGAAAAACUUCAUCAUGUUUUUUACAAAGAUGAAUUGUUGGCCACUUAUGUUGAUUUGGAAUUUAACGACUAUAUUGUUGAGUUAAAAACAAGUAAUAUUAAGGCUAAUAAAAGUCCCUUGGCAUUGCUUAUUUUUGAAAUUCAAUUGCUUAUUCAAUAUUUAUGCACUGUGCUAGACACCUUAAUGGAACUGGUAAAAAACAGCGAUACUUAUUCGCCUCAAAUGAAAAAGGCCAUUGUUCAACAAAUAUUAAGUAGUUAUUCAACCUCCAAAAAGUUAGUUGGUAAUAAGUGGCAAAUGACCCAAAUAGUUUCUUCCAAAAAAGACUUGUUAAUUCCAGUUACUCAAAUAAUGGUUGGUAAUAAUGUAGUUUCCCAGGUGAAAACUGAAGCAAAAGAUGGAUACAAUUCAUGCCAAAUCGCCUUUGGUGAUUGCUCUGAAAAAAGACUUACUAAGCCUUUACUAGGUCACUUAAAGAAAAAUAAUAUUCCGUUGAAAAAACACUUGCGAGAAAUAAGAGGUAUGGAGGGAUUGGAAGUUGGUUCCCCAGUUGAUUUAGCACUCUUUCAGGUAGGAGAUAAAGUUGAAAUUUCUGGUGUUUCCAAAGGUAAAGGAACCGCCGGAGUGAUUAAGCGACAUGGUUUUGCCCUUGGUAGUAUGUCACAUGGUGGUGGACCAGUGCAUCGUCAUAUGGGUUCAGCGAGUGGUGGUCGGGGUACUAACCAAGGAAUACCAAAAGGUAAAAAAAUGCCUGGCCGAAUGGGGCAUGAAAAGGUUACUCAGCCAACCAUAAUAGAAAAAGUAGACUCUCAAAAUCAAGUUAUUUUUGUUCGGGGGGCAGUUCCUGGAGGUGGUUCAGCCGCCACUAAUUGUAGCCAUGACUCGAUUUCUAAACGCUUAGGAGUCAAAAAGUUCGGUGGCGAAUAUGUGAAAGAUGGAGAAAUUAUUGUCCGUCAGCACGGAAGUAAGUUUUUAUUAGGAAACGGAGUUUAUUUUGGCACUGAUUACACUAUUCAUGCACAAGCAGAAGGAACAUUGCCUAAGGGAUCUUUAGCUCAAUGGUUAGAGCCCCCGGCUCAUAACCGGGUAGUUGGAGGUUCGA